AUGGCGACGACGGUGGACUGGCGCAGCUAUAGGCCCGAUCUUCCUGCCGCGAUGUAUCACAUGGUGGACAGCAGGGACCAGGUAAUGCACGCGUUUGCUCCGGCGACGGCGCAGGGCGCGGCUCCGACCAUCUCGUUCGCCUUCCCCUGCCCCGGCGCGGAGCAGAGCGCCGGCCUGCUUCGUGGCGCCAGCUACCUCACUCCCGCGCAAAUCCUCCAGCUCCAGUCGCAGCUGCACCACGACAUGCCCCAGAGCCAGAGCGAUGAGACGCCGGCGCCGACGACGACACUGACGCCGAUUUCUUUCCCGGACGUCAAGAGCGAGCCAGUCUGCUCCGUCUCCGAGAGCUCGUCGUCGGCUGACGGCGAGGUGUCCUCGUGCUCCGACGUCGUCCCGGAGAUGCAGCUUCUUGAUUUCUCGGAGGCUCCAUGGGACGAGUUCCUGCUGCGCAAGUACCCGUCGCUCGAGAUCGACUGGGACGCGAUCCUUUCUUGA